AUGGAUAAGCCUUCAGAAAGUACAUCCAAACAACUAGAAGCGGAUUUGCAUUUCUUAGAGUCCCAACAUCCAGAGCUCAGUAUGAUUGCAAGAAAUCUGGCUCAGAUCGCGCUGAGUACAACACCAGCCCCACCAGAUACUUCAAAAAUUCCUAAUGAAAUACAAAAAUCCCUAUCUAGUGUUGAAUCCAUAAAUAAUAAUGCCUGGCAGCUUUAUCUGAUGCAAUUACAACUUCAAGAUCCAAAUAUUCAAAAUUUGAUUGUUCAGCAGCAAAAACAAUCACAAGCACAAAAUACUAGCAACACUAACACUAGCAUAAAAAAUUCAGUAGAAAACGUGCAUUUAGAUCAACAUAGUGUAAGCAAACCUAAAAUUCGUACAAUCGAAACUCUGUUGAAUGCUGGAGUACCCAGAAGUGGUUCUUUUGAUGGUAAAACAGUUGAACACACCGGUGCAAACUUGCAUACAUGUGACAACAAUAAUCCUUCUGGACCUCAGACUCCAUGCAGUUCAAAUGUAUCAGUCCCUAAAUACUCGGAUUCUUCUCUGCUUACCUCUCAUCAAAAACAAUUGAUGACAGAACAAGAAUUAAGUGAUCAGCAAAUCAAUCAAUUACUACAAUAUCUUAUUUGCAAUAAUCUACCACAAAAUUCAAAUUUGAAUAAUUUAAAUCUGUUGACUCAACUUUUACAAUCACCAAUUACAUCAAGUGAACCGAGUAAUGUUUGGAGUUCAAUAAUCCAACCAUUAACUAAACAAAUCCUUCAAAAUUAUCAACAACAUAAUAUGAAUAAUGAAAAUCCUCCCACCGGUAGCAUUAAUAGUAAUAAUAAUAAACACUGUCUACCAGAGACAAAGACACCAUCUAUGUGGACAGAUGGAUUCAAUACACAACAUAGUGUUACAGAAACUUGUCCAUCACCACCACCAUCUAAUGUACAAUUAACCAAUCAAUCACAAAAUAUUUCUACAAUAAGAAAUCAAGAGGUGAAUAACACAGAUCACAAAGAGAGUGUAAAUAAAAUUUCAAGCCAACUAGAUGAGCAUAAAUUAACAAAAUUGAAUCCUUACGAACAAUUACAAAGUCAAGAAAUGAAUCAGAACAAUAAUACUGGCUGGAGUAAUUCUACAUCAUAUACCUAUGUGAAUGACAAUAUCAAUACUGUAGGGCAUUCAGGACAGCUGUCUAAUUUCCCGAGGUUGAUAAAUCAGGAACGUCCUUGGAUGAAAAGUUAUCACAGAGAUAGAUUUGUCGUUCGGAUCACAUCAGUAACAUAUCGUUGUUCAUGUCGGUCGAAUACACCACCGAAUCGUCAUCGUAAUAAUGAGACAAGACGAGAUCAAGUUCAUGGUAAAGAAUGCAAACGAAGUGACCCACGUACUUUUGUCACAUUCCAGUCUCAGUUACCUAGUUUAAUUUCACCUGACAAUGCUAAGAAGAAUGGAAGACACUUGCAUCAUAUCCCAUUGACUGGACUUAGACUGGGAUUCAGUUGUCCAUUGAUCAGUCAAGGACCACCUAUGAGUGAUUUUAAUACACCAAAAGUUUUGGAAAGACUUGAUGCAUGGGAGCAAGCUGGAAAUCGACCAGGUUUUCGUAUCCAGGUAUUGACAGCACUGCAGCAAACAGUUCGUCAGAUGCUUGAGUUAAUUAGAACCAAGGGAUUUGGAGCAGUGAAACUUGAUACGGACUAUGUAUUUUUUCCAUCUGCACCUGAUCUACAACCAGUUUAUACAAGACGAAGACCAUUGAGUUCAUCAUCAGAUGGUUCUUUACCAAGAGUUAUGGGUCUUGAAAGAAUACGACGUGAAGUUUCAAAUGAACCAAAGAAUCACAGUUUUAAUACAAAACUAAACGAAAAUUUAGAUAAUCAUCAAAAAUCAGAACAUUCUGUCUGGACAGAUAUUAUGAAUAAUCCCGAAGUUGAAUCAAAUACUAUUGCUACUACUAACACUCCAAACAGUAGUAGUAUAACUAUGCCAAGAAACAGACCACGUACAUGGCAUCAUUUACCGGGUCACAAUUCAUUAGUUAUGUCAUCAUUAUUACCAAAGGAUAAAUCAGACUAUGGAAUUCAUAAUGAAAAUGGAGAUGAGACAGAAAAUGAUAAUUUCACUAACGAUAACAAUCACCACUUCAAUUCAUUGAGUUCAAGAACGAGUGGAAUACCUGUAAAUCAGUCAAUGCUGAAUACAUGCUGGUGUGCUACAAAGUCUAUGAGACUCCCCAUUCAUCAUUCAUUGGGGUAUAGUUCAUCUUUAUCCUCAUCACCAGUAGGAAUAAACCCAAACCCACAUAUUGUAGUCAACCAGAUGAAACUAUCGCCUUACACUACAGUGGAUGAGCGUUAUUUACUUGGUGGAAAUGCAAAUGUAACAAAUCAACUCCAUAAACAAAUGGAUGCUCCUUAUUCAACUCCUGUAAGUCCAACACCAUUUAUUCUGGGUGAACCAAUGAACCGCAACAAAAUACACAAUUGCAAAAUGAAUGUACAUCAAACAUUAGUGUCAUCACAAACGGCAACAAAAUUAGAGAUAUCCAGAACACCUGAAAUCUGUGCUUCUGAAAGGUUUUACACUAUCAACAAUACAGAACAGAAACCAGAAAUUAAUGGAAGAUCAGAUCACUUAAGUAAGAUUCUGCGAGAAAUAUCGAACUGUCUUCAUACCAAUCCCCAAUAUCCCGUUGUUAUCAUGCCUACUUAUAAUAUGCUCAGUUCUUCAGGAAAUGAACAAACAAAUGACACAAAUAACAAGGCGACACCACUCGUUUUCCAGAUACCUCAUUCCGAUUCAGUAUUUGUCGGCCUUCCAGCAACUUCUGGAGUGAAUCCACGCGUUAUGACAGCAUCACCCACAAACGCUGUUGUGAUAUUGCCAUCAGUCUCAACAAAUGAAAUAAUGCAACAAUCCACAUCCCAACAACAUCAGGACUAUCUUCCCAGCUCGGGUACACAACCUACCAUAUUAACAGGGCCAAAACAAGGUUAUUUGUUGAUUAUAACACCUGAUAAUAAGUAUGAAUAUGUGCCACGAUCAUAG